GUCAGUAAGGGGGAGGAUGGCCGCGUCCUCUGAGUCCAGUAACAGCAGAAUAAGCGAUGUUGAUGAAUAUGGUUUUGAGAGACCUCCAGACUUUAAUUAUCAAACAUAUGAGGAGUUUAUGUCGAGGUACCUGACAGUAUUAACGAGAAGAGCAGCAAGAUGGUCUCACCUGCUGGGAGCGAGGGAGACUGUUGGAAGAGGGAUGAAGGUGAAACGUUAUGUGAGGAAGGGGAUUCCUAUGAAACAUCGUGGAAAGAUGUGGAUGGAGGUGAGCGGAGCCAAGAAGAAAAUGACGUCCCGGCCUGGUUAUUACCAGAGCCUUUUGGAGAUGCCGCGUGAUGAAGAGUUGGUCGAAGCCAUAAGGAUCGAUGUUCCGCGCACCUUCCCAGAUAACAUAUAUUUUCGUGACUACAAGGAGGGCAAGUUGACCAGUCUGUACAAUGUUCUGGUGGCCUUUUCCCAACACAAUAAGAAAAUUGGAUAUUGCCAAGGAAUCAACUACAUCGUUGGGCUGUUGUUGAUCGUCACGAAGGAGGAGGAGAGCACGUUCUGGCUGCUCAACACCCUCAUGGAAGACCUACUGCCAGAGUACUACACACCUGAUAUGGUCGGUGUUCUUACUGACAUCAAGGUUCUAGAAGCCAUUGUCAAAGAACAAGCACCACUAAUCUGGAGACACAUCAAGCACUACGAGUUGACUUGGGGUCUGCUGACAACAAAGUGGUUCAUCUGCCUUUUUGCGGAAGUUCUGCCCAUUGAGACAGUGCUGAGAAUAUGGGACUGCCUGUUCUACGAGGGUAACAAGGUGCUGAUGCGUGUGGCCGUGACCUUGGUGUUGUCCAACCAGCAGAAGAUACUCAUGAGUCAGGAGUUUGGAGAAAUUAUCGAAUGUUUCAAAGCCAUAACGAAUGAUACCAAUGCCAUUGACUGUCACGCAUUUAUGCAGAAUGUAUUUACGGUGUCUGGAUCCUUUCCGAGAGUGAGACUGGCCAAGCUACGCCAAGACUGUCGAGCAGAGGUGGAAGCUGAAGUGAAAAAGAAAUAAUGACGUGGAAAGCCCCCCCCCCCCAAACCUCUUUAUUUCAUGAUGCAUGACGCCAAUACUUAGAGAAGCCCGCCCUUGUGCGUGUGCUUCCCUGGCUGCUCCUGCUGUCUUCCUUAGCUCUCAUAUUAUUUAAUUUUUAUUGUGUAGAAUAAAUUUUUGAUUUAGUUUUAGAUUGUGUGGAGUUGUGGUAAUUACCAGAUUUCAUAACAGUUAUUUUAGAUUGUGUAAAGUUUUAGUAACUCCCAGAUUUUAUAACAGUUUUAUUUCUUUUUUAAUGGGGUACUUUACGUUGCAGCUUAUUCACCUACUCCACAACUGACCGGUCAGUCAAGUGAUUCAUGUUACACUGACUUGAGUUUUAUCACUUUUCUUAUUGUUUGUGUAUUUCUGAACUGAGAUUUGAUAUUUUGUCUUGUAUAUUUAAAACUAAUCUAAGUUUUUAACUAAACUCAGAGACCUGCACACUGCCUCUUUGCUUUACUGGUUAUUAAUGAGUUGAUUCGUUUUUUAAACGUAAGUGAUUAAUAAUGAUAAUGUAUUAGUUUAUAUGCUUUAUAUACAGUAUCUGUUUAUAAGAUAAGCAUAGUACAAUAAUUGUGGGUUACAUUAUGAGAGACCUAAAUGAGAAUCAGUUUUAAUUUAAUAAGUUAUGUGGGUUACAUCAGUGUCCGGCACAAGUGAUCUUCAGAUAUAUACAGUAUAUAUAUAUACAGUACAUACAGCCAGGGACAAAAGUUCGCUCCCUGUGGUGAAACUAAGUCAUGGGAAUGAGUCUCCGAACUGACUUACAUUAACUGUUGUGUCUUGUUUGGGGUCGGUGUUGCUUCAUUUUUGGGAGGGAGUGAACUUUUGACCCUAACCAUACUGUAUAUGUGUUCUUGAAGUGUUUUAACAUUAUAUCAAUGGAGGUUCAAACUGCAUACACACCGUUGAACCCUGACUUACCAUUGGUACAGUAUCUAAUGCAGUGAUCACCAAUGUUUCCACUGUAUCUCACUUGGUGUCUGAAUCAACAUGUGUCAGCAGUUACUUGACGUUCACUUAGUAUGGUUGUCGAUAUAAUGUUGCAACCUUAUAGGAGCCACACUUUUGGGGAAAUAAAAAUUGAUUAUUAUUUAGAGGUAUAUUUGGUAGUUAAUUACUAUGACUAAUAUGCUUUUCUAUCAGUUAACAUAUGUAUAAUUAUCUUUUAAGCUCUUUUUUUUUCUAACAAACUUAAGUUCUACAUUAUGAUGUAUUUGCUCAGUACUACAACACACAUUUUGUUUUUUAUAUUUUGCUGUAUUUAAAGAUGUUGUAUUGUUGCUGUAUCCUUAUAUGAACCUAUUAUAAUGUUGCUGAUCUUGGCACAUUAGAAGUUCUUAGACUGGGCUGAAUAUUACUGCAACAGUGAUGAGUGAUUCUUUUUUGGUAUGAUAAAUUAAUUCUUUAUAUAAUCGUAUGUUUCCAGAGAAGAGAGCAACAUGUAUUAUCCCUUUUGGUCUUGGAGGGUUAUAUCCCCAUUUUUAAACUUUUAUCCUCAAAAGGGUUAAAUCAUUUUCAUCAAAAGGACUAAAUUGCCAUCCUUAAAGGGUUAAACCAAGUCACCAAAAGGAUCAAACCAUCAUCCCCAAAGGGUUAAAUUAUUGUCACCAAAAGGAUUAAAUCAUUGUCCUUAAAGGGUUACAAUAAUUAUCAUCAUCAAAAGGAUUAAACCAUUGUCAUUAAAGGGUUAAAGCAUCAUCAACAAGGGGUUAAGUAAUAUAUAUGUAGGUGAUGUAUUUUGUUACAUUGUUUUAGCUAUCAAACAAUCCUUUAACCCGACAACUGCUCCAUUUGGGAUACCAUGUAAAAAACUUAUACAGUACUGUACUCAUCAUGGGUGGUGAGUGUUGUGUUUUUAUGCAAUGAGGCGGAGAAUAAUUGACAGUUGCUGAACCCUGGUUGUGGUGGUGGUGGAAGAUGUGGUUGUGGUGAUGCAAGAGGUGGUGCGGCAGUGAGUGAUAAGCCUUUUCGUAGGUAGUAAGUCAUGUUGUGGCGUGGGUGAGGGGCCACUGAGGAAAGGAGGAGGGUGAUGAGGCAUAAAUAGCUCCACUUCAUUACAAGAUGAUGAUGACAAGUUGUUUUGAGGCUCCACCAGCCUUGUGUCUUACACGAGUGUCAAUCAGUCAUCGAUUUUCCAUUCUAAGUAUGAUUUUUGGCGCACAGCUUUAAAUUUAUGGCGCUAAAUGCUACUUGUUUUAAGACGAUGAUAGGGUGAUUUUUGUAAAUAAGCCGUAGAUGACGAUAGCAUUCAUUUAAAGGGUUGAACUUUAAGUUAACUUUGAUUUUAUUGGUAAAGACUUGAAUUACAAUGUUUAAUUCAACUGACAAGACUUUCUUGCUGCUUCCACUUAAAUCAUUUAUUAUAAUUAACUUAUUAAGCAGUACAGUGAUGUACUGUGAGAGUUCUUUCUAGAAGUUUAAACCUGAGAAGCCAGACACAGUUGUGAUAGCUGAUGUGGCUUACUCAGAGAUGCUUAUGCAAACAUACAGUACAGGUUAAUAUUGAUAGCCUUUUUAUAUGCUUAAAUAUAUAAGAGAAGGGCUGAAUACAUAGUCUUUUGCAAUUAUGGGGUCAGUUUACUGUAUUAUUAUAGUUUUGGUCAUCGGGGCGGGGUAGAGCCCCUCCAGUUAGAUUAGAUUAGUUUGGAUAUCUAAAUACAGUGGUCCCUUGGUUAAUGAACACAAUAUCGUUUCAGAAGG